AUGUCAAAAGAAAAUAAUAAUCUGCGGCUCCUUGGUUCGCCAGUAAAUUUAACAUACAGGAGUAAAAAGAAAGAAGAGAGAAAAAAUUCAAGAAAUCGACCGCGAUCUGCUCUCCAAAAUUCCUGUUCCACGGAUAUACAGGAAAGAUAUAAGCGGCCCUUCUCUGCAGACACCAAAGACCAUAUACCAUCUACGAGAUCUUUCUUAAAAACAUUCAGCGCUGAGUUACUUCAGUCAUAUGAUAAUUCUCCGCUAAGUGUGAAAGUGUUACCGCCAACUGAAGAACUAUUGGCACACUCAAAGAGUAGAUUAAAUCCAAAUAUUAAAACAAAUAGAGAUAUAAGCAGCAACGCCUCAGACUUCGGUUCAGAAGAUACUUUUAUGAGUUUAGGUACUAAGAUCAAAGCCAAGGCACAAUCGUGUUUUAAAAAUAAAAACAACAAUACAAAGAAUUUCAUUAAAUACAGAAACAUUGCCAAAAAAGGACGCAAGCAAAUAGAUUGCGCUUCUAAUGAUGAAAGGAUUAAUAAUGGACACAAUUACGGUCUAGAAGUUACAAUAACAGAAAAAUCACGAUCACCGUCGCCAACUAGAUACAGAGAUUUGUCUCAAGUUAGAAGUGCUUCGCCUCAAUUUAAAAAUAAAACGUUCGAGUCAUAUUUUCUUUCUAUUGAUGGUGAUAUCAAGAGUGGAGAUGGAUUAUCGGGUCGAGUAUCAUUUGCGCCUGUUAAUUCUGAAACAGACAAAUCUAUUGACACCUACACACAUCGCCUCGGAGUAACCAAACAACAGUUGUCCUUAGUUGAAGAGGAAUCGACUCAAGAUCUUGAUAGUAUUCCUUCUCAGAAUAUGACUAACUUUUCACCGAAAUCCACUCCUGAUAAUAACGAAAAAGCUGAAGAUGAAAUUUUAAAUGUUUCACGUGUUAAAGGGAACUUUUUUAACUACUCAAAACCUCCUGACACAUUAAUGGUUGAUAGUCAAAAUUAUAGCAAUUUUUACGACGAUUUUCAUAAAAGUAAAUUUUCAAGUACCGCCAUCCACACAGAUACAAGUUCAAAAGAUUCAGGCUAUCCUGAUAGUGGUUUGAGAGAGGAAAAAGUGCUAUCUCCGAAAUACUCUUUGCCAUCAACAUCCUUCACGAAACGACCUGAUUUUACAUUAGAAAAUCAAGUGCGCACAAAGAGCUUAGAAUACCCAAUAACCAAAGAAGAUUAUAGUCGUUACGAAUCAGAAAGCAAAUGUGUAGAGCCUUUAAAUCAUAGCCGCUUACUUUAUAAAGAUUUCUUCUUGAAAAAAGAAGGUCACGUCGCUUUGCCACCGCAAAAUACGCCUACUAAAUGUGAUGUUCCCAUUCCUGGUACUAGCGAGUUUGAUAUUGAAAAAACGGACAAAGAAAAUACUAAUUUAGUAUAUCCUACAUAUCUUCUAAAUAGCACAACUAAAGCGUAUACUUCAAAGGUUAUUGAAGAUUAUAAAAAAGAAUUAGAAGCUAUAAACAAUUUACAUGAACUAACUUUGAAAGAUAUCAAAACAGAUGCAAUUUCUCCAACUCCACUGAACAUUGAUGAAUUGUUUGAACAAAAUUCCAAUAACUUUUCUGAUGACAAAAAGGAUUCGAGUGAAAAUUCACAAGAAAGUUCUAAUAUAAGCGACAUUCCCACUUUAAGUGAUAAGAAUUCUUCAGAAACUAAUAAAAAAGAUAUAACCAAAGUCACAACAAAAGAAUUAAUACAAAAUUAUUUAAAAGUAAAGAAUGAUUAUACUAAAGACGGUUUCUCAAAAAACUUUAAAAAGUUUGACAAGAAAUUAAACAAUAUUAAUUCUAAAUCUGAGGAAAAUUCAAGUUACAAACAGUUUUGGAAUAAUAGAAAUUCGAAAAUUAACGAUAAAAGUAAUUUACCCGUCAAUAUGAGACAUCAAAAAAAUGUGUUUACAGCGCGCGCUCCUUUAAGCGCUAGAAUAGAUAGUGUUCAAAACGACAAAGAUAUAGAAUCUUGGAUGUCUCUUUCUGCUCCGUCACCGCGAUUACUUGAAAUCAAUAGUGUUAAAGAAGAACAAGAUGAAAAAUCAGUUGAAUCAAAAUCUUCUGAAAAGAAGAUAGAAAAUGUGGUAGAAAAUACAAGUUACGUUGGAGUUGUGUCAGAAACUGAAACACCAAAAGAAUUAAAUGCAAAGUCAACGGUUCUAGACAUUUACUCUAUGUUGAAAGAAAUUGAAAGCUACGGUGAUAAACCCGUAACUUCAGUGACGAAUACAAAUAUCAUACCUGAACCCGAGAAGAAGGAAGAAGAAAGGUGUAACACACCUAAAGACAAUUUUAUGGAAAUUUUCGAAUUUUUGGAAAAGGUAGAGCAAAGUGCCAACGACGCAUUAUCAGUCGUGACAAAUACCACACCGCAAACAAUUCCGAAACUAGAAGUUCUCCUAAAACUACCUCAAACGGAAUUAGCUCAAAGACUCGUAACUGCAUCUUUGCAACUGGAAGAAAGGUCUUGCUGCAUCGCGUUAUUACAAGAGAGUCUUGCUAAUCACAAAGAACAGAUGAUAUCUAAAGUGAACAACUUGGAGAAGCAGUCUCACCGUAACAUCGCCAAAGUAAAGCAGGAGUGCGAGGAAACUAUCAAGAGGCACCAAAACUUUAUUGAUCAGCUUAUAAAUGAUAAGAAGACUUUAAAUCAUCGCAUAGAGCAGUUAGUGGAUGAGCGCCGUUCCCUCGAGGAGAGGUGGAAGCGAUCAGCUCAGGCGCUGGAGGAGCGAUACAAGCUGGAGCUUCGUAACCAACAUGACAAGAUGGCCGCCGCUCAGCAGGUAGCAAGACAGCGCUGGGUCCGUCAGAAAGCUGAGAAAAUUAAGGAAUUAACAGUGAAAGGUCUAGAAGGAGAACUAAGGGAGAUGGCAGAACGGCAACAGAAAGAGAUAUCAGAUAUAAAAAUGCAUCAUGCAGAACAAAAUGGACGACUUACAGCCAAGCAUGCAGCGGAGCUGGAGGAGUUGAGGAGAACUCUGGAAGAGGAGAAGGAAGUAGCUCUAGUGAAGGAGAGGCAAUUAGCAAGUUCUAGAAUGGAGAAACAAAUCCUGGAAUUGGAAGUGAGCUACCAGGAGCAGAGGACUCGCCUCAUCGCGGAAAUGCGCGCCGAGAACGAGCGGAUCGCGGCGGAACUCGUCGACAAGGAAAAACACCAGAAAAUACAAUUCGAAAAAUGGAAGGAGGCUCAGGAGAAGUUACUGGAAGAAAUGAAAACGAAAUUGGAACAGGAUUUAAACGAUGAGAGAAACAAAAUCGAGGAACGCUUGAAGCAAAAACGUGAUGAGCUUCAAGAGGAGUUCGAGCGUUACAAGAAGGAGUACGAAGCGAACCAGCAGGUGUUGUUGAAGAAGAGAGAGACGGACAUAGCGACACAGCACAGGUUGGAGCGGGACAGGGAGAUAGAGAAAGCGAUAGAGAGCAUGGAGGCCGAGGCCCAAGUCGGGAGGAGGGAACUACAAGAUGCAUUGAGACGCAAUAAAGAGCAGUAUGAAGCAGAACUGCAGGAGCUGGCGGAGACGGAGCGAGCCACCCUCAAGCGAUACCAACAGACGCAGGCGAGAGUGAGAGAGACGGAAAACCGUUGCGCAGAACUCGAUGUUACAAUCAGUCAACUCGAGACGAGAAACAGAGUUCUGACUGAGAAAAAUUCACAAUUAGAAGCGAGAGCAGAGGAAAUAAGAGCUAGUUGCGAAUCGUCUUGGAGGAGUAAAGUAGAAAAUUUGGAGAAGGUAAUAGAAGAUAUGAAGAAGACUCAUGAGGAACAGAUGCACCAGCUGUAUGCCAAAGUAAAGGUAGCAGUGGCGAGAAAAGAUUCGGCCAUACAGGCGCUAACCAGGGAGACGGCCAAGUACCAGGAGAAGAUAACUCUGCUGGAACAGAAGCUACAGCAGCAGAGGAAGGACUUCCUUAAGUCGAAAUAGUUUUAGACUAAUAAUUGAUGUUCGAUCUUACUGUGAUAUAAUGAUUCAACGAUGUAAUUUCUUAUUCAAAGAUUUGACCCCAAUUAACUUAUUUUCCAUAAUUUUAUUAAAGCUUCUCGUGCAAAUAUAGUAAACAAACAAACGGAAGUGUACGAUA